AGUGGGGUGGAGAAGGCGGGUGUGAAGAUGUCAAUGAAUCCCUUCUGUGAGAUCGCCGUGGAGGAGGCGAUUCGGUUGAGGGAGAAGGGGGCGAUCAAGGAGGUGGUGGCGGUGAGUCUGGGCGUGCAGCAGUGCCAGGACACGCUCAGAACCGCUUUAGCAAUGGGAGCGGACAGGUCGGUACUGGUGAAGGUGGAUGCGGCACAGGAGGAGGCGUUGGAGCCGUUGGUGGUGGCGAAGCUGCUGAAAGGGGUUGUGCAGAGGGAGACAGCCGAUAUGGUGUUCCUGGGCAAGCAGGCGAUAGACGAUGAUUGCAAUCAGACGGGGCAGAUGCUCGCAGCGCUGCUGGACUGGCCGCAAGCCACCUUCGCCUCCAAGGUGGUGCUGGACGCGGCUACUCGCAGUGCGCAGGUCACGCGGGAGAUUGAUGAUGGCCUUGAGACAGUCAACCUCAAGCUGCCAGCUGUCAUCACCACCGACCUACGGUUGAACGAGCCACGAUACGCCACGCUCCCCAACAUAAUGAAAGCCAAGAAGAAACCCAUUGCUGUACUCUCUCCUUCCGACUUUGGGGUCGACCUAGCAGACCCGGCCACCCGCAGGGUGCAGGUGGUGGGGGUGAGAGAGCCGCCUGCACGUGUGGGGGGGCGCAUCCUUGGAAGUGUGGACGAGCUGUUGGAAAAGCUUAAAAACGAGGCCAAGGUGCUGUGA